AUGUCUUCAAGAAAAGGAUCUUCAAAGAGGAAUUCUUCCUCACAUUCAUCUUCGGGUGACUUUUCUGCCAAUGAGGUUAUCGCCCCAAAAAAAGAGUUUGAAGUUGAGGAAGAAGCAAAGGAUGCGUACUACAAAGCUCUUUGCGGCUCGCCUCCACCUUCGCAAGACAUUCCGAUUCCUAAGAGGCCCGUGAGGUCGCCAAACGCACCCCUCACGCCGAGCAUGGUCUCUCCCGACAACCUCACGACUCUCAGGGACUUUUACCAUACUCCAAGUGGAGUCGUAUUUCGGAUCCCGAGUGGCAACGAGAGUGCGAAGAACCCUCCGGAAGGUUUCUUUACUUGCUACGAGGCCUUCCUGGUGUAUUGCCGCAUGUGGUUUCCGAUCCCUGGUACCAUCGUCCGCGCGCUUCACCACUUUGGGCUUUCGAUCAGCCAGCUAAGCGUUUCGGCCUUGCAGCAUUGGCUCGGUGUGUUGAUCUCGAGUUACGAGCUAGGAAUGGAUCUUAACCCUGGCAACUUCGAGGGAUUUUGGUCUACGAGAGGAACGGGGAUCGAUGGCUCAUACCGCAUGGCGCCAAAGAACGGCAUGGCUAUAAUUCAGGGGCACACUUCACAUCCUAAGACAUGGUUCGAGCGCUUUUUCUUUGUCUGGAUAGAUGGGGAGUCUGUCGAGGAGAGCUACCUCCACCUAUUCCGUCGGGAGUGGAACUUCACCCGUGUGAACAUGAUCCUUCCGCCGACUCCUGCCGAUCUUUUUUCCAAGCGAGAUCUUCUCCGCGGCAGGCCAUUCUUCUGGAAUUCCUUCACCGUUGAACGGAUUCGAAGCACGGUGGAGCUCCAUCGAUCUCGAGCCGUCUCUCAGCCUCUUGAUGUUCCGUAUGACGUAGAACCGGUAAUUGAUGUCUUGCUUGCUCAGAGGCAGAGAACCAGGUCUCGGAAAGGCAAGGGAGUUGCCUCUGAGAACGUCUUGGGAAACCCUCCGCUGCCAGAAUGGAACCCUAGUUUCUCCCUAAGGGAAAGGAGUGGAACCAGCGAGGGGAUGAGGGUGUUCAAUGCGGCGCUCGACGGAAGUUUCUGGGAGUCGCGUAUCUCUCACUUCAAAGCCGAGGAGGCUGAAAGAGAACUCUUUCGGUUUCGGAAGGAGGUCGAAGAACAGAGCCGUAGACAGGCUGAGCUCCAUUCUCGGGCCCUUGUCCGUGCGGAGAGGAGAGGAAAGAGAGCGAUUGUCGCCGAAAUGAAGCGGAGGGCUGCUUUGUUUGCCACCAAAUUCGAGAGCUUUAAGGAUGCUCAAGAAUUCGUGGGCAAUUUCGCAAGUGCCGUGGCUCGGUGUGCCCAUGCCGAAUCCUUGGUUCCUCCGAUCGAAGGAAGGGUCCGACAGCUUUUGGAUUCCAUCGAGGUCUCGGAGGACACGGCAGAAGCGGGAACCGGUGUUGGUGAUGAAGGUGCCGGAGUCGCGGACGGAGAGGUGGACCAGCCUGCGAGCUCGUUCGGGGUCUCCAUGUCCGGGUUCUUCGACUUUGAGCUUUGA